AUGGCGUCUAUGGCGCAAAGCUCCGGUGACCUUUUCAUUGUCAGCACAUCCCUUGCAAAGCCCGACGCGACAACACGUCGAUUCAUACGUAGCCAUGUAAUGAGAGGGAAGAAUGCCGGCAAGUUCAGAACUGAUCGCAUCAGGUCUGGCCCCCAGGCCGGCCUAAAGCGCAAAGGUGCCGUGGCGCAGGCUACGUACACCCCCGGAGCCUGGCAGGAAGCAGACGAUGCGGAAGCGACUGCUGUGAACGGCUGGAAAGUGGUAACCCCCCACAGAAUUGCAUCAGAGCUUUCACUGCUGGGUUAUGGGGGCGAAAUGCAACCAUACGUGAUUAAGCUCAUCCACAGGGCAUUGACGGUUGUCAAGCCGGAAAUGUUCGCCAUGCAGCAUAUCACAACUGCGACCGCUGACGAUGACAAGAUGUUCUGUUUCCCCGACCUUGCCCAGCACCCAGGCAUCCUCCACUCCACUCUCUUCGCCGCUCAGGCGUUUUUCGACUUGGCUACCGGCCAGACUUAUGGCCCGGUGGCCCGGCACCACCUCUCCAAGGCACUUGUACACUUGCAAGCGAGUCUUGAUGACGAGAAGGAAGCCGUGGGGUUUGCCACCAUGGGUUCCAUAGCGUCACUGGCCAUGUCAGCCGUCGUGGCGGGCGACUUCGAGACGGCCGUCAAGCACAUGGACGGCCUCAAGAAGAUCAUCGAUCUCCGCGGGGGGAUGGAAUCGUUUCGCUCGGACAGCAUGAUCGGGCACAAGGCCCGCGUCAUCGACAUCGGCCUCGCCAUGGGCCUAGGCCACGACCUGCGCUUCACGCGUGAGGACGAACUCUCGUGGUCCCCGCAGAUCGCGCUCGGGCCGGGACGAUCGGCCCGCCAGUUCCCCGAGCUGGAUGCCGCGGUCCCGCCGCACAUGCGGCCCGACCCGCGGCUGCUCAACGUCUGGGCCGACCUGCGCGAGUUCUCGCGCCUGGUGAACGAGGCGGCGGCGGGCCGGACCAAGAUACCGAUUGAGGUGAUGUUUAGGCUGCGCACGUCGGUGCCGCAUCGCUUGUUGCGCUUGAGGCUUGAGGGGGGGUUGGGUUGCCAUCCUGGAAGCGGGGUGCCGGGGGAGGGUGGGGGUGAGGUGCCGCGUGAUGCGGUGUUUGUGCAUGAGUUGCUGAGGCUGUCGAUGAUGGCGUUUGCGAAAAUGCUGUUGAUUAAGUUGCAUAGGAUUGGGAGGAGCAUGGUUGUGUUGGUGCAGGGGUUGACGGAUGUAUUGACGACGUGGCAGGUUGACCUGGAACGAAGCCAAGCUGCCCAUGGUAGAUUUUGGCGAGCCUUGGUUGAACGAUCUGGUGACCAAGGCGUUGUCGGCGCUCGGGUUGCGGACGUGGGAUGA